AUGAUUAGGCCCAGUGUGAACACCUGUAAGUCACAUGCCCAAAUUGAGGUGAAAUGAGAUGUGAACUAUUGUUUGUUGUUGUUGUUAUGCUCUAUGCGCAGUAUCCUAAGUCAGAGGAUGAAUUUUCAAAGUCUGGUCUUACUGGUGAAUGGGAUAUGACAAGAGCUGGUAAGCGAAUGAAGCUAGUGACACCAUACACUUGGGAGGCUGUAUUGUCUCGUGAUGGAAACAUGGCUGAGUCAUGGGGAAAAGCUCAUUGAAAGUGGCCGGCUCCCUUUUAUGGCAAUGGUGCGUAAUAUACGCAACUUUCUCAGAGCAGGAGUGUCUCCAAAGCAUCAUAGAAUGGUUCUUGAUCGUCUCAAUGAUACUAAUCAGGUUGUUCGAUGUCGAAUGUUUCCUAUUCAAUUUGUUUCUGUUUAUGAUGCCGUGGCUGUAAAUUUGAAAACUCUGUCGAGACUUCACAAAAUCUAUUGUCAGUUGCAGAAGAAAGAAAAGGCAAGAAAACGGAAUGAUAAAAGUCUUUAUCAACGAGGUGUUAUUGAUGAUGUCGGUAUAAAGAAACGACUUUUGAGCAGAAAGAAGCGUGUCAGAAAGCAAAUUCAGACCAGGACUGGCAGGUCUCAGAUUGUGCUGCCUAUAAAUUGCUGCAAGAGUACAGAGAAGCCUUGAAUUUAUGCAUUGUUUGUGCAGCUAAUCAUAAUGUUCAACGUAUUGAGAGGAAAACCAUCGUUUUCUGUGAUGUAAGUCAUAGCAUGUGCAAACGAUGGUCGUCCUGCCCAACUAAGAGCACUGCUCGGCGAUUGUAUGAGGCUGCAUUACUGAUUGCAUUGAUGGUUCACCGUGCAAGUGUCAAGUGUGACAUUUGGUUGUUUUCAGAGACGAGUGUUCGGCUACAAAUUGAUUCUUCUCUUGGACCUCUUGAGAAUUUGAAGAUCAUUGAGAAGAAAUAUUGGGUGCAACCAGGCAGUGGCUGCUCUUUGGGAAUGACGACCAAGUUUCCGUUUAGUGUUAUAGACAAGUUGAUGAGGGAUCGGAGGGCUGUUGACCAAUUUGUUGUGCUUAGUGAUAUGCUUAUUGAAUCGUCUGUUCAUCGCAAAGAUUUUGUGAAUCCUCUUACCGACCAGUUGAAAUGCUAUAGACAAUGCUGUAACAACGAUGCUCUCUUUGUAUGUGUGGACUUGAGUGGUCAAGGGAACAGCUUAACUGAUCCAGCUGGAAACGAACUGUAUUGCGGUGAUCGAGAGGACAGAGAUGUUCUGAUCACUGGCUAUAGCGACCAUAUACUUCAGUUCCUAGCAUUGCAGGGAUCUCCUCAAGUAGAUGCUGUCGAAGCAUGCACAGUACACAGUUGAAAAUACUUGCUCUGA